AUGGCUGAUUACAAGAAGUUGACACCUUCGGGUCCACGCCAACUCACUCCUGAGAUGCAGAGUGCUUUGGAUGAUGUUGAUAAACCAGCUAAGAGGGGGAAGAAACCCGAAUCUAAGAAAACCGAUACCGAAGGUCCCUCAUCUCGUAAAAAGCGUAAGGCUGAUAAAGCUGCACCUUCGGCUCCCAAAAAGAAAAAGCUAAAGAAGAUGUUCAAGCGACCGAAGGUACCUUCGCCUACUGAUUCCAAUGAAGAAAAGCAAUCUGCUGAGGAAGAAGAAGAGGUUCAACAUGAAGGCUCACCAAGGGGAAACACUCUUCCUCGAUCUCCAACUCCUCAGGUACAACAUGAUGUUCCUACUCCUCCUCCUUCUCCAAAAGAAACCACAGUACCAAUCUCAGUUGCUCCAAUUCCACCGCCUUUCACUUCUCAACCAAUUACUACUACUCCGCUACCACCUCUAGUCUUUUCUCAAGCCACAACAACAACAACCACUACAACUGGACCUUCGGUGAGUGUCAACGUAUCUGAUACGGGGGCAUAUACCAUUAAUAUUUCAACCCCUGUUACCACUAAACCUCCCUCACCAACUUCUUCAAUGGAUUCUGAGCCUAUUCUGGGAGGUGAAAACUUUGAAUUUGACUCCAAUUAUUACAUUCCUUAUCGACUUCCCAGUGAAGACAACGAUGAAGCUCCAGUGACAAAUGUUGAGUCAGAUUCAGGGUGCUACGGAGCCGGUGGUCGAUCCGUAACAAGGGGAGAAGCUCAAAAUCCUCCAACUCUAUCGAAAAUCAUUAUCCAAACCGAACCGAAGGUUAAUGUAGCUUCGGGUUCUGGUCGUGAAAAAUUGAAGGAUGUUGUGAAUGAUGAUGAUGAUGAUGAUGAGGAAGAGAAGAUUGCUGAGGCGUUAAAGAGGAAGAAAAGGGAUAAUGAAAUUGAUGAAAAAUUGAGAAUCGCUAGAGCGGAAGAAGAGAAAGAGUGA